AUGCAGUCUGCCGGGCUGGUGGUCUGGAUUCUCAAUUCGCCUUGCGCCCAACUUGUCGGCCUUGCUGUUACCCUAAUCGAUCUUGUGCAGACACGAUCUCUUGGCCCCGGCACAAAGGCCUCGGGCUAUAAUUAUCGGGAUACCGUCACCGCGUCCCGAAUCAAGCGGUACGGUGGACGAUGA